CUGUUGCUCCCACUUUUGGGGCCUGGAGGGUCGGCAGGUGCUGGGGCCCCGCUUGGGUCCCUCUGCGGCAGCGCGGGGCCUCUCCGGGGACCGGUGCUCACGGGUCGCCGGCUCCCAGGUGCCGCCCGGGGUGGGGGGGGCGUUCAGGGUGGUGGCCCGUCGAGUCCCCCUCCUGUGCUAGCUGUGGGUCGGGAAGGAGACGCCCGGGGCGCUUUCCUAGUUAUUGUUAGAGGGUAGCUGACAGCCCCCUUAGGGGGGCGGGGAGCCCGGGCAUGCGGGCGGGGGCUCCUGGGGCCUCUGCGCUCGCUCCCGCCGGCCGGGGGUUCUGCGCGGCCCCGGCGGCGCUCUGAACAGCUGCGGCCGCGUCCUCAGCAGCUCGCGGCACUCGGCGGGGACCUGCGCGGUGGGGGUGGGGCGAGCCGGCCGGGGAGGGGAGCGGGAGCGGGAGCGGGAGCCGGGCCCGGGCGGGCGGGAGAGAAGGGGCGGGGAGCGCGCUCCUGCGGCGGCGGCGGCCGUCCUCAUCCCGGCGUCCCAGGGCUCCAGUGCUCGCCGGGCUUCGCAAAUGGCUAGUCCCGCUCUCGGUCUGGAAGCUCUUCAGCCCCUGCAGCCGGAGCCGCCCCCCGAGCCCGCUUUCUCGGAGGCGCAAAAGUGGAUCGAGCAAGUGACCGGCAGAAGUUUUGGUGAUAAAGAUUUUCGGACAGGGUUGGAAAAUGGAAUCCUUCUCUGCGAGUUGCUGAAUGCUAUAAAACCCGGACUUGUAAAAAAGAUCAAUAGAUUGCCUACCCCCAUUGCAGGAUUGGACAAUAUCAUCUUAUUCUUGAGAGGUUGUAAAGAGCUCGGCCUUAAAGAAUCUCAGCUUUUUGACCCAAGUGACCUACAGGAUACAUCCAACAGAGUAACAGUCAAAAGCCUUGAUUACAGUAGGAAGCUGAAAAAUGUCCUAGUUACCAUUUACUGGCUGGGAAAAGCUGCCAAUAGCUAUGCAUCCUAUAGCGGAACAACUCUGAACCUGAAGGAAUUUGAAGGCUUAUUGGCUCAGCUGAGAAAGGAGACUGAUGACAUUGAGAGUCCUAAGCGUAGCAUUCGAGACAGUGGCUACAUCGACUGCUGGGAUUCUGAGCGCAGUGACUCCCUUUCUCCCCCUCGCCAUGGCAGAGAUGAUUCCUUCGACAGCCUGGACUCAUUUGGCUCUCGCUCCCGGCAAACUCCUUCACCAGAUGUAGUCCUCAGGGGAAGCAGUGAUGGGAGAGGAAGUGACUCUGAAUCCGACUUGCCACAUCGGAAGCUGCCAGAUGUGAAGAAGGAUGACAUGUCUGCCAGGAGGACUUCCCAUGGUGAGCCGAAAUCAGCAGUGCCUUUCAACCAGUACCUCCCCAACAAAAGCAAUCAGACAGCCUACGUCCCUGCUCCUCUGAGGAAGAAGAAAGUGGAGCGAGAGGAAUAUCGGAAGAGCUGGAGCACCGCCACCUCCCCCCUGGGUGGGGAGAGACCCUUCAGCUAUCCUGAGACCAUAGAGGAAGAGGGAAGCGAAGUGGGGUCUCCUUCUGAAGAGGAUGCAGCCAGCCAAGUGGAUCCUGUUGGGGAGCCUGAUGGUGGGUUGGAAUCACCCACCCCUGGUGGUAAGAAACAGCGUCCCCCAGAGGGGGCUGCAGGGGCACCGACUCCUAAGUCUGAAGGAAACGACGUUGCUGAAGUCCAAAAACGCAGAAGGCUAGAGCAAGCUGGAAUCAAGGUCAUACCCGCAGCACAGCGCUUUGCCAGUCAAAAGCAACUAAAUAACGAAAAUGAAACUGUUCGUGAUAUUAUCAUUCGCAAAGAAAACUCUUUCUUGACCCGUCAACAUGGCAAAGAUUCUGAGUCAGAAGAUGAGGUUGUAUGUCGACUGCCUGAUCUCGAGAAAGAUGACUUUGCUGCCAGAAGAGCAAGAAUGAACCAACCCAAGCCAAUAGUGCCACUGAAUCAACUCCUCUAUGGGCCUUACCGAAAAAGAGAAACAGAGAGAUUGGUCAGCAGCAAUGACCUCUCAAAGGGAACCUCACAAAAGAGAAAUCUAGAGUCUAAAAGUACCCAAGACCAAAUAAAAGAGGUCAAGUCCAUGGUGACCUGUAUUACACGGACACGAGAGAAUGGGGCUGCAGAAGAGGAACUCAGAAAGUUGCCUGAUGUCUACAAGGAUGACUUGGCUAAGCGGAGAAUUCAAGGAAACCUUGCUCCUUACCGUGAGGCUCUGAGCUUUGUCACCAUUUCCAAUAUAACAGAAGCUGACAUGGAGACAUGGAAGAGACUGAAAGUGUCAGAGAAGGCGAGGGAUGAACAUGGUGAGCUCACCUGUGCCCCUGAGCCUUCCCCAGAAAUUAAAGCAGAAACUGCCAUCCGUGAUGACUUUGCCAGCCGAAGAGCAAGGACCUAUAAGAAGUCUUCUAGCCCAAGGCAAAAGUUUGUGCACUUUGGACCAGUCACAGAGAUUGAUCAGCAGAAAUGGGAGCAACUCAGCAUUGGCAAGCGAGGGCCAAGGAAGUAUGUAAAAGACAGUGGUCAAGGCAACAGAAUUCAAACUUACUCCUCCUUGGCCCCUACCUCAGAGGCUGUAUCCAGCACAGAGGAAGAGCAAAGGCUUAGUCUCCAAAGUAACUGCAGCAUCCUCAGAACAGUGAAUUCUGGUGUAGAUGGCUAUUUCAGGAGGGUCUCAUGGCUGGCUCCGGUGCUGGAGUCCCAAGAGGAAGUCAUGUGCAGUCUGAGGAAGACAGAGGAAGUUACAUCCAAACAGCUGCCACAGCACAAGGAAGAAAAAGAAGGAGCUGCUCAAAGAGACUCUGAGAUGCCUCCCGAGGCUAAACAAACUGAGAACAGCCAAUCCCCUUUGUGUCCUCUGGCUGCUGAAUGGAAGGCUGUGGGGACAGAAGAGAACUCUGAGAAGAGGACCACUCCUGCCUGGAGAGGCAGUGGACUGGAAGGGCAAAGAAAGCUGGAUAAUUCACAAAAAGUUAACAUGAUGGCCAGGAGAACUGAGAUGUCUCAGAGACACAUUGGAUCCAAGCCAAACCAAUUCCUGCCAGUAGCAUUUGCAAAGCAACAGGUCUUAGUGGAACCUGCCAAGGAUCUACCAAUGAAAGUAAAAAGAUAUGGUCCAAGAACUCCUGUGUCUGAUGACGCAGAGAGUACCAGCAUGUUUGACAUGCGGUGUGAGGAGGAGGCCGCGGUGCAGCCGCACAGCAGGGCCCGCCAGGAGCAGCUGCAGCUGAUAAAUAGCCAGCUGAGGGAAGAGGACGACAAAUGGCAAGAUGACCUGGCACGUUGGAAGAGUCGUAGAAGAAGUGCUUCUCAGGACUUAAUCAAGAAAGAGGAAGAGCGGAAAAAAAUGGAGAAGUUACUGGCUGGAGCAGACGGGACAAGUGAACGAAGGAAAAGCAUCAAAACUUACAGAGAAAUUGUUCAAGAAAAAGAGAGGAGAGAGAGGGAGUUGCAUGAAGCAUACAAGAAUGCACGGUCCCAGGAGGAGGCAGAGGGCAUCCUUCAGCAGUACAUCGAGAGGUUCACCAUCAGUGAGGCUGUUCUUGAACGUCUGGAGAUGCCAAAAAUUCUGGAACGAAGCCAUUCAACAGAGCCAAAUUUAUCCUCCCUCCUGAACAACCCCAGCCCCAUGAAGUACCUGCGGCAACAGUCACUGCCUCCACCCAAGUUCACUGCCACUGUGGAAACCACCAUUGCUCGUACCAGCGUGCUAGAUACUAGCAUUUCAGCAGGCAGUGGGUCUCCAAGCAAAACUGUCGCCCCCAAAGCAGUGCCUAUGCUGACACCCAAGCCUUACUCUCAGCCCAAAAACUCUCAAGAGAUUCUGAAGACCUUUAAGGUAGAUGGGAAAGUCAGCAUGAAUGGAGAAGUAGUUCACGGAGGAGAAGAAGAGGAGAAGGAAAAAGACUGUUCCAUAGUGUCUCUUAGCCCCUCAUUAGCCAGAGCCCAAAUGUUUGAAGGAGUAGCCAUAGUUCCAGGGUCCCCAGUGGAGCUGAAGCAAGAAAACAGUAGCAUCGAGAUCAACAUAAAGAAGCCAAGCUCUGUUCCCCAAGAUCUGACAGCAACAACUGAAGAAACAAAACCAAGCUGUGAAGAAGUUGAAAAUGAUAGUGAAAACCCAGAACAAAGGGGAGAAGACUUUGCCUCAUCAGGAUGUCAAUCCAUUUCAGAAUCCCAGCAUUUUACAACAGUUGUGACUCGAUCCAGCCCAACUGUGGCUUUCGUGGAAUUCUCCUCCAGCCCCCAGCUGAAGAAUGAUAUGCUAGAAGAGAAAGACCAGAAGAAAGCAGGAAAUGAAAUGAGUGGGAAGGUGGAGUUGGUGCUAUCACAAAAGGUGGUAAAGCCAAAAUCUCCAGAGCCAGAAGCAACCCUGACAUUUCCAUUUCUGGACAAAAUGUCGGAAAGCAACCAAUUACCCUUGCCAAAUCUUAAUUCUCAAGUGGACUCUCCAAGCAGUGAAAAGUCACCUGCAACCACACCUCAGUUUAAAUUCUGGGCGUGGGACCCAGAGGAGGAACGCAGGCGACAGGAAAAAUGGCAGCAAGAGCAGGAACGCUUGCUCCAGGAGAGAUACCAGAAGGAGCAGGACAAGCUGAAAGAAGAGUGGGAAAAGGCCCAGAAGGAGGUAGAAGAGGAAGAGCGCAGAUACUAUGAGGAGGAGCGUAAGAUAAUUGAAGACACUGUGGUUCCAUUUACUAUUUCUUCAAGUUCUGCAGACCAGCUAUCUACCUCCUCCUCCAUAAAUGAGGGUGGUGGAACAGUGAAUAAGAUGGUCUUCGAAAACUGUCCAGAAGAACCAGGGACAAGACAGAAGUCAUCCUCAGGGGACAGUAAUGAUUUAUUGCUUAAGACAAGGGAAAGUGAUCCACUGGAGGAAAAGGGCAGUAUAACUCAAGGGGUCUUGGCUCACCCUGAGAAUUCCAUAUCUAAAGGGCUCCAUCAGGACCAUCAGAUGGAUGUUUAUGGUGGGACUCCACAUGGCGAAAUGCACCCACAGCUAGUUCAAGAUCCAUCCUGGAGUCAGCAGACUUCAAACCCAGCAACACACUUUUUAGAUGAUGUGAAGCCCAAAACCCUUCCAUUGGAUAAAAACAUUAACCAUCAGGUUGAGUCUCCAAGUGAAAGGCGGAAGAAAAGCCCUGGAGAGAACUUCCAGGCUGGACACCUGUCCCCCUGCCCCGCUACCCCUCCUGGCCAGUCACCAAACAGGUCUAUAAGUGGGAAGAAGCUAUGUUCCUCUUGUGGGCUUCCUUUGGGGAAAGGAGCAGCCAUGAUCAUUGAAACCCUCAAUCUCUAUUUUCACAUCCAGUGCUUUAGGUGUGGAAUUUGUAAAGGACAGCUGGGAGAUGCAGUGAGUGGGACAGAUGUUAGAAUUCGAAAUGGUCUUCUAAACUGUAACGACUGCUACAUGAGAUCCAGAAGUGCUGGCCAACCCACAACAUUGUGAUGUGGUUGUCAAGCUUCUGAAUCACUCAUCAUUUCAUUAUUGAGAAUGUCCCUGGCUGUCUUUUAACAAAAAUAACAAGUUCCAGGGCUUCUCAGCAUUCAUCUAAUUUCUGAGAGGCUAUUCUAAAAGAUGUUAUCUGUUAUUUUGUAGCACAGUGUUUGUUUUUCUCCUCUUUUUUUUUUCUUUGCAUUUGCACAAUAUAUACAAAAAAUGUUGAAGUGAUCCUGAGUAGUUUUGAAAAAGGUCUUAGCAUGGUCAAACAGGUUAUGGUUUAAAAUGUGUUAUUCUUUUUGGGAAUUAAUGAGACAAAUGAUGCAAUAAGCCUUUUUGUUUUAGUAUUUCUAGCAACUAAACACUUUAUGUUUACAGAAUUGAGCUGCAGAAAGUGCAAGACAUGCCAAUUUGAGACACAUGGUCUUCUAAGACAGGAGCAUACAAUUAAUGCAUUUCAGAAACUAAACAUCAAAUCAUAUAGCUCUGAGCUAUAACUUACUUUCAAUGCAAAGAUGCUAGUCUGAUAACAGAUACUAUAAUCCUGAAAUAUUUGUUACUUACCUUUUGGAGGUGGAAGUCAUACCAAUAAAUUAUUACACCAUUAGUAUUAGAUUUUGUGUACUUUGGAGGUUAUUAUUAAUAUAGGUUCAUCCAUCAAAUAGAACUGUUGAAAUAUCUGCCAGACUUCCACUCUAGAGCACUGCUCAGGGUUGGAAAGAAAUCAGAAGGAAACAUUUCAGUCAUCAUUUCCAAAGUUAUUACCAAAACUGGUGAAGAAGUUUUAAUCUUUGAAAAGAAGGGUGGGCCAAUGAUAUCCAUGACACCUUUGUUGGUUGAUUCUUUUCAGUCGCUAGAGCAAUAAGAGACUUAGUGUGAGGCAUAUGGAAGCGUUCAUCAAGAUAAGUUCAUCAUUAGUUGUGAUCACUGCUCAGCCUUGCCUGCAAGUUCUCCUUGAGGGCAUGAAGCAUAGGUAUCUAAAGAAAAGCAUUAGGCCCACCCUAAUAGAAUCCAAUUGACAUGUGCUGGGACAAGUGACUGGUGUGUGAUCAGCAAGAGCCUACGGCUUACACGGUGCCCUGUCCAUUCUGUUGGAUCAGUGCUCUCCUUCAUCUUUCUACAGUCGCCAGCUCUCUUUCCUAUUGAGAACUCUAGAGAAUUCUGGAUCUUCUUCGUGGAGAAGUUUAGAGAGGAUCCCUCAGGGAGAGUGUGUUUAUUGCCUGCCCCAAGUGAUGAAUUUCGGCUGGCCAAGAAAGGAACUAGUUACUCAAAAUCAUCACAUUUUACAUCUUCAGACUGUUUUCUCUAAGACUGAGGAAAAGAGGAACUAUCUAUUCUGCCUUAAAAUAAUGGCAAAUAAGAUGCUAUUUUUGUGAAUGUAGACGAUGGAUUUACUCCUAAUAGGCUAAUGUAAUCAUACAAGGACAACAAGUAGAUGUCUUUCUGUUAGGUGAGCAAUAUUUUUUUUCUCUGUCUUACCGAGUAUGACUAGCACUUAUUUAUUUACAUGCUAGAUAGUUCUCUGCAUGCAAAUUCCAUGUUAAGUACAAAAAUUUCCUCAGCCACUGGAGAUAGUCUGACCAUUUUGUCAUUUGGAUAAGUGGGUGUUAGAUGGGCAUUUAACCAUCAUUUCAUUAAAAAACCGUGCCUUAGAAAAAUGCAAAGCUGUUGCACAUAGUCAAUGAUGAGUUCUGGAUGCAGUACAUUGUAGAGAAAUGAAGUCACUUCCAAGUUCCUGAGAAUUCUCAUGGAGGUGUCUGCUGUUUUACAGAAAAGAAAAAAAAAAGACAUUUUAAAAAUAAAAAGAAAAUAGAAAGAAAAAAGUUUUGAAAAUGUACAGAUUAAGCCCAAUAUUUUGAAUAAUCACCUGCAUGUUUUAUUAAAUAUUUUGGUAAUGUGGAUGUUUACACUUUGCAUGCUAGUAACAAAGUACUUUACCACAAAUAAUGCACACCACAUGUACAAUAUGAUCAUUCAUAGCCAAUUUUUAUAGAAGACUUUUUACAUGUGGAACUCCAUCCAUUGUGUAAGGAUUAUAUGAAUAUUGCACAUUCUCUUCUGGUUUCACAAACCCAUUUAUACAUAUUUCUUAGUGAGACUCAUUGUACAUGUAUUGAAGCUAGACUUGAGUCAAGAAAAAUAAAGCCCUAUUCUCCAACUGCAAAAUGUGCUUUCUCAUAAUGAACAAUAGUCACCAGCACAGAAUAAUCUCCAACAUUUUCUAAAUUCUAAUUGCCAACUGUUUCUAUUUCUAUUUGAUUUAUAUUUCAUUUGGAGUCUGUUACAUGGCAGCUCAGGCAGACUAGAUCUUGUUUUUUCCAAUGCAGCAUAAUGAGUAUGAUCUAUUUCUUUUCAAAUAAUCUUUGAAAUCCCAGGGAAAAAAAUGUUCUGCUCUGUUGAGCUAUAAUGUAAAUGUGUUUGUUUAAAAAACAGAUGGGCAAGCAAGUGAUUUAUUGUUCCUGAGGUAGUUUAUUUGCUUUGUUUCCCCCUCACCCUUCAAAGACUAGUCUCUUCUCUUUCUUAAGGAAAAAAAAAAGGGGUAAUUUUUUUGUUGUUGUUUUCACUAUCGAACUUUCAUACUAUUUCCUCAUGUGUUCUAUGUAGGGUCAUUAAUGCAACACAUAUUAUGGUUAUCUAUAUGCAAUGUAUGACUUAACAAACUGAGAUGAUCCACCUCAUGUGAGUCCGUCCAAAAGAUGUUCCUGUUCUAGGUGGGCUAAUGUUCUAUUAAUACAUCAGUUACACUAACCUUCAUUUUAAAAAUUUAUUCUAAAAUGCUUCUGAGAAGUAGUAAAAAAAAAAGUUGUCUAAAAUGCAACAACUUUUAUAGUAAAUGUACAUUUAUAAAUAAAAAACUCAAAACAG